AUGAUGGCGAUUAAACAACAAACGUGGAGUUUUAUUGCGUUCAUCUGUAUUCUUAAUAUCCGAAUAACAUUUGAAAUAGAAGCUGAAAUUGAUUACUAUCGAUAUUUACAACAAUUUGGUUAUACGCCAAACGUUGAAGGUCGACGGUUAUUCAGUAUUUUGGCUAAAUCAUCUUAUACAGAAGGAAUUCUUAAAUUACAACGUCUUUACAAAUUGCCAGAAACUGGUCAAUUCGAUGAAAUAACGACAAAUUUUAUGCGAAAAUCGCGCUGUGGUAAUCCUGAUCUCGGCACCUAUGACUCAAUCGGGCGUCCUGUGAACAUCGAUGUACCUGAACAAAUAUCCGCCAACAAUGUUCAAAGUCGAUCAGGUAACGCAAAAAGUCCGGUACAUUCGUCAGCGCAAACAUCUAUUUGGCCAAAAAAACACUUAAGAUGGUACGUAGAAGAAUAUCCUACAAAACAACAGUUUAUCCCAUCUAAUGAACAAAUUCGUCGUAUAUUUCACCAAUCGUUUGCUGAUUGGCAAAAAUAUUCCGGAUUAACCUUUGAAAUGACCACAUUAAAAGAUAUGGCCGACAUCAAAAUCCAAUUUCGUUCUUUAAAUCACUCAGAUGGUUAUCCAUUCGAUGGACCGGGAAAAACCUUAGCACAUGCAUUCUAUCCUACAAGUGGCGACAUACAUUUUGAUGAUGAUGAAUCUUUCACCGACAAGUAUACGAAUAAUCACGAAGAAUAUACGCUAAGACUGAUCGCCGCACAUGAAAUCGGACAUGCGCUAGGCUUAUCACAUUCAUUCGAUCAAGAUUCAUUAAUGUAUCCUAUCUAUCAACAGUUUAAUGCAAGCUAUGAAUUGUCUAUUGAUGACCAACAAAGUAUUCAAGCUCUAUACGGCGCACCACAAAUUCAGCUGAAGCCAACAUUACCAACGUUCGUCACAUCAAAGCACUCAUCUGAUAUUAUACCUAGUGACAAUUGGUGCUCAGGUCAAUUCCAAACGGGUUGCGAAGGACCAGAUGGAGAACUCUACCUCUUUCGAGAGAAUCAAGUAUGGCGAUAUCAGGCAAAGAAAAGACGAUCAUGGGAUCCUCAGCCACGGUUAAUCAGCGAACGUUUUCCAUUGUUAACUGACGCAACGAUUACCGCGUGCGUAAAAUCAUCCCUUGGCUACACAUAUUUAUUUCGAAACUAUCGAAUGUGGAAAGUGAAAACGCAUUGGGCUAUCGAUGGACCUCAUAUCCUAUACGGCAAACACUAUCCACAAAAUCCACGUAUUGCUCUCCUACAUCAAAAUUCGAUUUAUUUGAUACGGAAUCGUCUGAUCUAUCGAUUGAACGAAUACGAUCAUAAUCGAGAAUUAGAAAUUCGUACAAUCGAUUCAAUACUCUAUCCACCACCGGAAGAAUUUAUUCGAUCGGGCUUCACGUAUUCAAAACAUCAUUAUAUCUUCACAAAAAGAUUAGUUUAUGUCUAUGACUCUACAUAUGGAAAUCUUCUACCAGGUUAUCCGAAAUCUAUUACAAAUGGUUGGUUUGCAUGCGAAGGCGCGUCUGAAUCACCAAAUUGGAAGAAAAAAAUGACUUCAACGAUGCGGACAUCACCAUCAAAUUCGUAUCGAAAACACGAUCAUGAAGACGAUGAGUACGCUCAUCCUUUUCACCAUCAUCACCACCAUUCACGCCACUAUCACCAUCAUAAUCGAUUUCGUCGACCAUGGUUCGAACAUCGACCACCUUCUCCUCCUCCUGAGUAUCGCCGUCGAUGGCAAGAUUGA